CCCCGGACGGGCCAGCGCUACAGCUGACAUGGACGACAUAACAGCUCGCAUGGCCGCUCUCCGAGCUCCCACCGACGACUCCUUUUCUCUUCCUUCUGUACCUAGUUCCAAGCCUUCUGCAGGUGACAAGCCUGUCAAACGACUUACCAGCAAGACGGAUUACACGGAUGACGAUAUCGAUACCUGGUGCACCGUCUGUCUUAAUGACGCUACGCUACGUUGUUUGGGCUGUGAUGAUGAUCCUUAUUGCACGCGUUGCUGGAGGGAGAUGCAUAUCGGGCCAGCAGCUGCGUUUGACGAUAGGAGCCAUAAAGCUGUCCAGUUCACCAGAGCAAGGAAAAAGGACCAACAAAGGGUAGCGCUAGGUGCUUGAUAUUUCAUUAAAAAAGACUCAAAGACCAAAAAAUGUCAUAAAAUCAUGUCUGCAAAGAAUCUCUCGGGCUGGGCGUCUCUUAGCUAGAGCAGCUUAUACACGCCUUUCCCGGGAUAAAAACAGGCUAAUAAUGGAGUAUUCGCCAAUGUUGACUCCGAACUUCCCAUGUCCAAGCCGUGCAAUACCAUGACCCGAAACCAUUUCCCAUCAAAGACAAUCUGAGUCACCCAAUUUCCCAACCCUAAUCCAUAGCUAUAAAUAACGAAAAAAAAAAAAAAAAAAGGCUCUGUAAGAUUGUUGUCCUAUCUAAUUGCCUUGUGGUCGUGAACCUCGAAUCAGUACGGGCCCAUUCCUUGAAUUCCUAUCGGAUUGCCCGGGCUGUCCCCUGACGUCCUGCCAAGUCGCACCGAAC